UUUUCGAUCGAUCGAUCGAUUGCCCCUCCUCUGUGAGCUGUCACGACGACGUUGACGACCGACCGCCAGGAUAUCACCCAUCAUCAUCUUUUCGUCUUUGCCUCACUGCGCUACCUCUCGCGACACCACGCCCAACCGAGUUCAUACCCGUCAGCGAUUCCUCGUAGUCACAUCGUCGCAGUAGCACGCUCAAGCUCGCAAGGCUAGUCGGCUCUCGUGCGACGCCAAGACGCCAUGACUAGCGCGGCAGCAGGUGAUUUACCCUCAUCCUCGUCAUCCUCGACAGCGCCGCCUCCGUCGUCAGCCCCUGUCUUGCCCGCACAUCAUCGCCCACGCGUCGACUCGUCCACAGCCUCAUCCUCCAAUGCUCACGACACGGCGUCUUCCACCCAAUCCCAUGCCUCGACGACGUCGGGUCGCCUCCCCUCUGCGACGACGCUAGGAGGAAGCAACCCUGCUACGCCUCGCUCUGCCCUCAGCAGCAGCACGCCUGCCCCGGCUAGCCCCAUGUAUCAGCCUCUGUCCCUCGCCGAUGCCAUUGCCCGCUCACAGGGAGAUAUCACCCGCGCCCUGGACGAGGUGCUGGCCGAGCGAAACAAGCACUGCCUCGAAGCUGCCAAACUGAGCAACGAGAACAUUCGCAUUUGGAAUCUCAUGGGCAAGAUCCGAAAGGAGAACGAAUCACUCAAGGCUAGGCUGAUGGGUGGAGGGACGCCAAGUAGCAGCAGUAGCGUCGAUGGAGGGACGACGCCACAGCGAAGCGUCACUUCGCCCUUGGCACCGGCGACUUCAAGCGCAAAUGCUCAGCUCAUGUCUUCGGCCUCGUCCAGGAACAGACAAACUUCAGCAGACGCCGGCGUAAUGGCCGCCUCGUCUUCACCCGCAGCCGGAUUGGCUUCGCCUAGAAGACGAGACCCUCCGGCUCCUCUUCUGCCAUCCAGUCAGAGCCAUUCGCCUUAUGCUCAAACGUCCUCGAGCUCCUCCGCUGGCGGCUUGCCCUCUUCCGUAUCUGUACCUAAUGACCUCUCAUCGGACUCGUCCGUUCUCGAUCUCACAGAGACGGCCCCGCUGCCGCCCAGCGAAACACCGCUGUCCCCUGGUGCGAGGUCGGUCAUGGCGCAGAGAGCAAAGGCGCUGCAACAACAGCAGCAGGCGGCCAGCGCUCGCCCUGGAGCCUUCAAUGCAGGCGCAGUAAUGGCUCGCAGUCUCUCCUCCGGCAUCGCUCCAGGGUCGCAGCAAGGGGGCGACGGGCGACAACGAGCUGCCAGUGAGGACUACACGGCCGUCGACUCGAGUACGAUAGGCGGGGCAGGCAGCGAUGAGGAUGGCCCUUCCUAUCAGGGCGCAUCGUCGAGCAGUGUUACCCCUACCAAGUCAGCGCUGGGUCUGGUGAACCAUCAGCCGAGAGGAUCAGUAGGAUCAGUAGGAACGGGGGACUCGGACGACUUUGGCUCACCGCAGCGCGCCGUGCGACGCAAGGUCUUCGCCGAUGGCCCAAUGGCAGGCGCAGCUGUGGCAGGAGCCGGAUCUGCGGGAUCCUCCACCCUGCGCCCGCGGCCGUCCCGCCUCGAGCCUCGUGACGCAACAACGGCCCCACGCAGCAAUAACAUCGAUGGCGGCAUGUCCCUGUCUCAAGCUCUGGUUCAGCUCGCAAAUUCCACUCCACCCGGCGGUUCCCCCAACCUCUCUCACCCGCAACCGCGCUUGGAUAAUCGUCUACUGAAGCAAGCAAGCAUCCGUGUAUCGGGUUCCAACCUACGACACGACGACCGCCGUCGCGAGAUCACCACCUUCUUUCUCAGCAUCGACCUCGUGCAACCUGUACCGCUCGAAGCACCUACAAAUUGGCGAAUCGAGAAGUCGAUCAACGACGUGCUGGGCCUCGACGCCAAGCUGCGCCAUCGUGGUGGCAAGGCCGUAGCAAAGAAGAUCAGCUCUGUCCCACUACCAGAGAAAGGCUUGUUCAAAGACCAUGCGCCGAGCAAGGUUGACAUGCGCAAGGCUAUGCUCGAGGCUUGGCUCAGAAACCUCCUCGCCGUUCAGCUGCCAGACAAAGACGAUGUCUGCACUUUCCUCUGUACCGAUGUCGUCUCUGAGCGCCCACGAGCGCGUAACCAAGGCAAGGAUGGUUGGCUCACGAAGAAGGGGCAGAACCUUGGCCGUUGGGUUACGCGCUACUACGCUUUGGACGGCCCGCGGCUGGACUACUUUGAGGCCAAAGACGGAGCACUUCUGGGCAGCAUCCAGAUCAGAGGAGCCCAGAUCGGACGACAGCAGCGCGCGGCGCAGAGUGACAUGGACGAGAAUUCGUACAGGCACGCUUUCCUCAUCUUGGAGAAGAAGAGGGAUGCUCCCGGCGCCAACGGUACGGGGUCAGGGCAGCAGCAGCAGGGUGAACGCAUCGAUGCCGGUGGGCAACCGGUGUCGGGACAGCUCGUGAGGCAUGUACUCUGCGCUGAGAGCGAUGAGCAGAGGGAUGAGUGGGUUGACGCGUUGGUCAGGACCAUUGCUGAGAUUGAGCGGGUCGAGAACGGCGGAGCAGGAGCAGGAUCAGGAGGGGGAGCUGGAUCGAAUGCUGGAGCCAGUCGAGAGGCUGGCGGAGCUAGCAAUAUCGGGACGUGGUCUUCGACUAGCUCAGUCCCAGGUAGCGGAUCCACGAGGCAAGCGUCCGCUUCUGGAGCUGCUGCUGCUGUACCCUCCGGCGGCGCAGCUCCUUCCCUCCCACCAAUGACCAAGGCAGACAAUGCUCCCCCUAGUGGCAUGUCGACCUCUGCUUCAACCUCGCAAGUCGCCACGCUCGCACCACCGGUUACGCAGAAGGUCAAACGCAGCAACAGCUUGUCACGCCGCCUCAAUCGUAGUCGAGAGGGUCCUGCCCCCGCCUCAAGCGCUGCCGAGGAGGGCGUCAUGAGCCCCUCUCCGCCAGCAGCGGCAGUCACGGGCGGCGCAGACGGCGAUCCUGCGGGUCUCUCUUCACCUUCCCUCAAAGGGGUACGCCCGGCUAUUUCGGGGCCGAUGAAUGGCACACCCAUUCCAACAGGCUACAAAUUCGGGGCACGAGAUGAGGAUGCGAGUGGCAGAAGUGGAGGAUCAGCGGCUGGUCAGGCAGUUCAGGCCGGCGCGAGCCAUCAGCAGCAGUCGGCUCAGCAGGCCGUCCAGCAGCCUGACCGCCGUCGCUUCUGGCAUCGCUUCGGCGGAGGCGGUGUAGGUAGCUCAGCGAGCUCAAGUGACGUCGCUGCGCUCAGUAAAGGCUCCACAACCUCGUCCUCGCAAUCUCACGGCAACCAUAUCGGUACGAGCGGCGGUCCCGUAUUCGGCGUCCCUCUCACCGAAGCCAUUGCCGUCUCCAGCGUCGGGUCCGGCCUCACCCUGCCCAGCGUCGUCUUCCGCUGCAUCGAAUACCUCGAAAAGCGCAACGCCAUCCAGGAAGAGGGAAUCUACCGCAUGUCAGGGAGCACGGCCGACGUCAAGGCUUUGCGUGAGCGCUUCAACACGGAGGGUGACGUGGAUCUACUUGCCUCAUCAAGCAGGAAAGGAAAUGAAGGCAAUGGCAGCUCGCCCCGCCAGCCUGACAAUCAGCAGCAUGAACACGACCCGCAUGCUGUCGCUGGCCUUCUCAAGACCUUCCUCCGCGAGUUGCCUACCUCGGUGCUUACUCGCGAGCUCCACCUCGACUUCAUGCGUGUCAACGACGUCCAGGACUGGAAAGACCGGAUACGUCAACUGGGCCAUCUGGUCUCCUGCCUGCCUCUCGCCAACUACUCGCUGCUUCGUACGCUUUGCGCGCAUCUGAUCAAGGUCAUUUCCUACCAGGAAGUGAACAAGAUGACGAUGCGCAAUGUUGGAAUCGUCUUCAGCCCUACGCUUGGCAUCCCUGCGGGAGUCUUCGCGCUCUUCCUCACGAGCUUCGACUAUUGUUUCUACACAGAUGCGGAGACUGGUGAGCCGAGGCCGAGGGAUCCUGAUGAGGAGAGGGAUGGAGAUGGCACGAUGCAGCAACAACAACAGGAAGCAGCAGCAGCGGCACGUCCGCCCACCUCGAGCUCAGCAUCGGCGGCCGGCCAUGAACAGUCUCAGGGUCACGAUGACGCCUCUCCCUCAGCAGCAGCAGCAGCAGCAGGUGCAUCGCAGUCGAGCUCCAACUCGUCCUCCUACGGUUCUGGCUUCCCGCCCGGCACGGUUCCACCUCACCCGUAUCGCGCCUCUUCAAUGGGCUACCGCUCGACACCCAACGCGGCUCAGGCGGCAGCCAUUGCGGCAGAUCGAGCCGCUCAGGCGCAAGGCCAAGGUGGCGGCGCAGCGCAGCGUUGGCAAAGAUCUAAGCGCAACUCUCUCAACUACUCCGAAGAGGACGCCAAGCGUCUGCUCGGCGGCGUGCCGCACGGCGGUCACAGACUGAGACGGGCUCACCCUGAGGAGGAGGGCAGCUACGAUGCUGACGAGGACUUCAUGGGCGGGCCGGGAACAGGGGGAACAUUGAGCGUGAAUGGAGGAAGCGGCUCUGUGAACUCUUCGAGACGUCCGAGCCCUGCAGGGCUGCAGGGUCAUGGCGGCGAGGGAGGUGGAGGAGCGGCGCCCGCAUCGUCGUCGACGACGGCGACAGCAGCUUCCCCGGGGCGGUUGACACAGGUUGGGGCUUCGUGAUCGCUUCAGUGUAGCUCGUAGCUGAUUCAGGAUGCGCUUUGAUCAUAUCGUGCUGUCACUUUGCAAAUUACGAGAUGAUGCCUACCCAAC